CAAAAGCUUUAUCAAAAUUAUCCUCGUCAUGAAUUCCUCAAUCCGACAACUAAAACGGGUACUUGCCGAAUCGAAAUGAUCUUCAAAAGACGACAGUAAUGCUUCAUCCUGCAAAGGGUCGCAUUAGAAGCGCGCCGAUAGCGAGCUUCGUGCGCCUUGCCAAGCACCGGGCGCACACCCAGCGAUCUGCUCAAUCAUGGCUGUCGCAUUCGAGAUGGCAGACCACUGCCACGACAGCCCCUCAAUCUUCCAAUGAGACUUUACAAAGUCACACAAAUAGCCUUGCCAUUCCAUCCGAUGCUCGGUUCAACGAAAUAGGCGUGCAACAAGUCAGUGCUCGUAUAUUCAAUCAGGUUUUCCAGAAAGGCGGCAAACCACCACCGAAAGAACUCGUAGAACUCUCGAAAGACCACUUGCGCCGUCACGAUCUUUUAGGGAAGAAUACCGACAAUAAUGCGCCGAUUGCUUUUGACCUACCCCAACUCUACGGUAAAACUCUAGACGAACACUUCCAUAAGCUUGGAGUUGAUUGCGCCGAACCGUUCCUCACGAACGCGAAAGAAUUCGCAAAACAGAACGCGCCUCAACGGCCGAAAAAAUGGGUGAAACAAAGUGGCUGGACAAAAUACACUCCUCCCGACGAAGACCAUCCCAACGGAAAAAUAGAGCGAAUCGAUGCACCUGACGCCGAGAUGCUAUGUUUCGAUGUCGAGGUCCUAUGGAAAGAGAGCUCAUUUGCUGUCAUGGCAUGCGCCAUGAGCUCAACAGCUUGGUAUGCGUGGUUGUCGCCAUGGCUGUUGGGUGAAUCCGAGUCGGACAAACAUCUCAUUCCACUAGGCGAUCCUACUAAGGAUCGCGUUAUCGUCGGCCAUAAUAUUGGAUACGAUCGAGCGAGAGUCCUCGAAGAAUAUGAUUUAAAACAAUCAAGGAAUUCCUUUCUCGACACUAUGUCGUUACAUGUCGCGGUUAACGGCAUGUGCUCACAACAGAGGCCGACGUGGAUGAAACACAAGAAGACCAGGGAACUUCGAGAAAGAAUUGCUGAGGAGACGGACAAUGCCGAGUUGGCGAAUCUAUUGGCGAGUAAUCGCGAGGAAGAAGAGGAGCUAUGGGUUGAGCGCAGCUCUGUUAAUUCCCUUCGAGAUGUCGCCAAGUUCCAUCUGAAUGUUACUAUCGAUAAAGCAGCCCGGGACCAAUUUGGCGAGCUGGAUAGACAAGGCGUCGUCGAUAAAUUGGACGAGCUUUUGGACUACUGCGCAGCAGAUGUGGCUAUUACCCACAAAGUCUACAAAGUCAUAUUUCCCAAUUUUCUUGAAGUCUGCCCUCAUCCUGUCAGCUUUGCCGCAUUGCGACAUCUUUCUUCCGUCAUCCUACCCGUCAAUAAGUCUUGGGAUGCAUACGUCGCCAAUGCAGAAGCAACAUACCACAAAUUAUCAGACGAUGUCCAGGCGCGCCUAGCUUCUCUUGCCGAAAAGGCGUUGGAAAUUAAAGGUGACUCCGACAAAUGGAGUAACGAUCCCUGGCUUAAGCAAUUGGAUUGGUCUGGCCAAGAGAUUAAAAUGGUCAAGGGAAAGAAGAAGAAUGACCCGCCUAGGCCAGCUGCUCGCCAGAAGAAGCCGGGGAUGCCAAAGUGGUAUAAAGAUCUAUUCCCAAAGAACGAUGCGCCCAUUAAUCUCACGGUCAGAACUCGAAUUGCGCCACUUCUACUGCGGCUUACUUGGGACGGUUAUCCUCUGGCCUGGUCUGAUAAAUAUGGUUGGACUUUUAGGGUGCCGGCUUCAGAUAUGGCGAAGUAUAGCUCAACCCAGCUUGUUCGAUGCGAUUUCUCGGAUGAACCUAUUGAGGCCCUUCAAAACGAUUAUAAUGGAUUAUAUUUCAAGUUACCACACAAAGAUGGUCCGACGGCGAGGUGUGCCAAUCCGUUGGCGAAGGCGUACCUUGCUUAUUUCGACAAGGGAACUCUAUCGUCUGAGUAUCCAUUGGCCAAGGAAGCGCUCGAGAUGAACGCGUCGUGCUCCUAUUGGAUCAGUGCACGGGAUAGGAUCAUGUCGCAAAUGGUUGUAUAUGAAAAUGAAAAGGUUCCAAGUCCCCCCAAACGAAAACGAGGGAGACCAAGAAAGCAAGAAAAUGAGAAGCAAGGGAAUGACCAAGGUUACAUUUUACCUCAAGUUAUUCCUAUGGGUACUAUUACACGAAGAGCAGUUGAAAAUACUUGGUUGACUGCCAGCAACGCGAAAAAGAAUAGGGUUGGUUCUGAGUUAAAAGCAAUGGUCAAAGCACCUCCAGGAUAUUGCUUCGUCGGUGCUGAUGUCGACUCCGAAGAACUCUGGAUCGCUAGUGUUGUGGGAGAUGCCACCUUUAAACUUCAUGGUGGUAAUGCAAUUGGUUUUAUGACUCUCGAAGGCACCAAAGCCGCAGGAACCGAUCUUCACUCUCGCACAGCUUCUAUCCUAGGCAUAACGCGUAACGAUGCCAAGGUUUUCAACUACGGUCGCAUUUACGGUGCGGGACUCAAAUUUGCUGCUACUUUACUCAGACAAUUCAAUCCAAGUCUCUCCGAACAAGAGACAUUAGAUGUCGCUGGGAAAUUAUAUGCGACAACUAAGGGCACAAAAACAAACAAGAAGGCGCUCCAUAAGCGACCUUUUUGGAGAGGUGGGACCGAGUCAUUUGUCUUCAACAAACUUGAGGAAUUUGCUGAACAGGAACGCCCACGAACUCCUGUUCUUGGCGCCGGCAUUACCGAGGCCCUGAUGGUUAGGUUCAUUAGCAAAGGUGCUUACCUAACCUCUCGCAUCAAUUGGGCUAUUCAAUCGUCGGGUGUAGAUUAUCUUCAUCUUUUGGUUGUUUCUAUGGAUUACCUAACCCGACGUUUCAAUAUCGCUGCUCGGCUGGCUAUCAGUGUACACGAUGAAAUUCGUUACCUCGUCAAAGACGAAGACAAAUAUCGAGCGGCUAUGGCUCUCCAGGUUGCUAACCUAUGGACUCGAGCCAUGUUUGCCCAACAGGUCGGUAUCAAUGACCUUCCCCAAGCAUGCGCCUAUUUCUCCGCAAUUGACAUCGAUCACGUUUUGCGCAAAGAAGUGGAUAUGGACUGUGUUACACCAAGCCACUCAACGCCGAUUUCGCCCGGAGAAAGCCUCGAUAUUAUGCAACUUCUCGAAAAAGGCGAUAAAGCAUAUCUUAAUCCAGAAAUAGUUCCGGCUGAGCACGCCCCACGAUUAGAGGGUAUUCCGUAUACGCCUAGGAUACCUGUCAUGGAGGCACUGAAUGCCUCCCUCGAUCCGACGGAUCUUAGCUUCUUAAGGGCUCAGAUCACAAACGACGACGUAGAACUUCGCGAAAUCCUCAAGGACCAAAGGAAGGCGUCCUUCGAAAAUGGGUCGAUGAUAAGAAAGCCUAGAACGAAGAAAUUAGUUCCGUAUAGCUCACACCCCAAACUGCUCCCGCCUAUGUACAAGCCAUUCGAGGCUGGGUUUACUACGAAGCGGCCCUUUGAUGCGGAUCAAUAUGGUUAUUUCGAGAGCAUGCCGCCUCCUACUUGGAAGGGUGCUAGGUCUGGGUUUUAAAUGAUUUAUUAGGCUAUGGCCAUUACUAUUCGACACUACUGUUCAUAUGUUACUACAUAGUAUUGUAUAAAAGGGGGAAGGCUCUGGGCGUGGCAUUGGUUUCAUGGGAUGGUGGUGGCAGUGAUAUCUCAAAAGCGGCGUCUGGUCCCUGGGGGGUUAUGUAUUGUAACGAGUAAAGUGCCAUAUUGUACGAUGAGGAAUUAAAGUAAUGCUUGCGACUCGGGAUAUGGGGUCUAGUUGGCGAUGUUAGUGAUAUUAGCAAGGACAAUACGACGAAAUCAAUACUAUUAACCAUUACAUUAGCCC